GAGGAGAAGAAAAAAAAAAAAAGGGGAAAGAAAGGGAUCGCAGCAGGGGUAAAGGCAGCGGAGGGAAAGCGAUUUUUGCCGACUGUGGAUUCGUCCCCGACGUGCGCGAGAAUGGCGGCCCUUCCCGGCACGGUACCGAGGAUGAUGCGGCCGGCUCCGGGACAGAACUACCCCCGUACAGGAUUUCCUCUGGAAGUGUCCACCCCACUCGGACAAGGUCGGGUCAACCAGCUAGGUGGGGUCUUCAUCAAUGGGCGACCCCUGCCCAACCACAUCCGCCACAAGAUCGUGGAGAUGGCCCACCACGGCAUCCGGCCCUGUGUCAUCUCCCGCCAGCUGCGUGUCUCCCAUGGCUGCGUCUCCAAGAUUCUCUGCCGCUACCAGGAGACCGGGUCCAUCCGGCCUGGGGCCAUAGGAGGUAGCAAGCCCAGACAGGUGGCGACUCCGGAUGUGGAGAAAAAAAUCGAGGAGUACAAGAGGGAAAACCCAGGCAUGUUCAGCUGGGAGAUCCGGGAUCGGCUGCUGAAAGAUGGGCACUGUGACCGCAGCACCGUGCCCUCAGGUUUAGUGAGUUCGAUUAGCCGCGUGCUCAGAAUCAAGUUCGGGAAGAAAGAGGAGGAGGAGGAAGCAGACAAGAAGGAGGACGACGGCGAAAAGAAGGCCAAACACAGCAUCGACGGCAUCCUGGGCGACAAAGGGAACCGGCUUGAUGAGGGCUCAGAUGUGGAGUCGGAGCCCGACCUCCCUCUGAAGCGCAAGCAGCGCCGCAGUCGGACCACAUUCACAGCAGAGCAGCUGGAGGAGCUGGAGAAGGCCUUUGAGAGGACUCACUACCCAGACAUCUACACCCGCGAGGAGCUGGCUCAGAGGACCAAGCUGACAGAGGCACGCGUGCAGGUCUGGUUCAGUAACCGCCGUGCCCGUUGGCGGAAGCAGGCAGGAGCCAAUCAGCUGGCAGCAUUCAACCACCUUCUGCCAGGAGGCUUCCCGCCCACCGGCAUGCCCACUCUGCCCCCCUACCAGUUGCCGGACUCUACCUACCCCACCACCACCAUCUCCCAAGACGGAGGCAGCACUGUGCACCGGCCCCAGCCCCUCCCGCCAUCUACCAUGCACCAGGGAGGGCUGGCUGCAGCGGCCGCGGCUGCUGACACCAGCUCGGCCUACGGAGCCCGCCACAGCUUCUCCAGCUACUCUGACAGCUUCAUGAACCCGGCGGCGCCCUCCAACCACAUGAACCCCGUCAGCAAUGGCCUGUCUCCUCAGGUGAUGAGCAUCCUGAGCAACCCCAGCGCUGUGCCGCCGCAGCCACAGGCUGACUUCUCCAUCUCCCCGCUACACGGCGGCCUGGACUCGGCCUCCUCCAUCUCCGCCAGCUGCAGCCAGCGGGCCGACUCCAUCAAGCCAGGAGACAGCCUGCCCACCUCCCAGUCCUACUGCCCGCCCACCUACAGCACCGCCGGCUACAGCGUGGACCCCGUGGCUGGCUACCAGUAUGGCCAGUACGGCCAGACUGCCGUUGAUUACCUGGCCAAAAACGUGAGCCUCUCCACACAGCGUCGCAUGAAGCUCGGGGAGCACUCAGCGGUGCUGGGACUCCUGCCUGUGGAAACCGGCCAGGCCUACUAAGGCCCCUGGGGCGACUUGCCCCAGCCCAAGCCCCAGCCACACCCUUAUUGACCUCUAAGCCUCCCAACUUCAGUCCCUUUUUCCCCUGGGGUCCCAGGAGGCCAGGAAAGGAGUCCCAUUCCCUUCUCAUGGGCAGCCCUCUGGAGAUGUGCAGCCAGUCUGUCCAUUCACUUGUGGUUAGGGACCCGGCAUGACCUCUUGGAGUCUGUCCACUUUCUCCCCAGUAGAGUUGCUAACCAGGCUGCAAUGCUCCACCACCAGUUAAAUCCUUUUGUGGC